GUAGUUUUAUUUCAAUGUCUAACAUUCGCGUAAACCUAAGAAACCACUCUUAUAGGACUUGUUCAUUACCAUCAACAAAGCUCUAUUAUAAAUAUGCUCUAUUAUAAAACAUUUAUCAUCUUAGGCAUGGAUUCUAUUCAGCGUUUCGGUCCCUGCCGUCCCGAGGAGACGAAAGCCGAGUUGUUCACAGAUUAUACCUCCAUACUCCCCGCCUCCGUCAACCCAACAAGACUCGGAUUCGUCUCGUAUAACUUGACGUUAGUUGCCAACGUGGACUACUCGUGCAUCGUGAUGCAUGUGUAUCACAAGACCUCUGCCAUUUCGACAUUACCGAGCGCCACCAUGCCAGAGCUGCGCCUGCGCCGAUGGUGCACUAACCCACUACCCGAGUGCUACGACUUCAGCAUCUUACAGGUCGACUUCGCUGUUGAAAUAUACUACACUCACGAGGUAGUUUACAAAAUCAGUGCGUAUGGACAGAAAAUAAAAGUAAUCGAUGUCAAGGCGUAUAGGAAGUACACUAACGAGCUGUUCUACCCUCAUGGGUUGCCAGUACCCUUGCUAGAGCCUAGAUAUCCCUACAUGAUCUACUUCUUUGAGGAGCCGACGACUUUGCCUGAUCAAGAGUUUUACGUCGAUCCAUACAAGUUUGGUGUUCAUCAUUUGGUCACAACCACAACAACUACUACAACCACAGAGGGACCAGAGGUCACUACUGAGUCCAGUGACGAAUAUAGCUCAGAUUCUGGAAAUUCCAGUGAGUCUGAAUUUUCAGAAAUCGCUAGGAUUAAUGAAGAUGAUCAAGAUGAGUUUGAACCCAAGAACAAUAGGUUACGCGUGACGAAUGUGAAUAGACCUCUUGUAGCCAUGUUGAAGAGAAUAUUGAAGAACGUGUUGCGGACUAAUUGAACGACUUAAAUAUUAAAAAAAUACUAUGUACAGAGUUAGCUCCAUACUGGGUAUU